GGUGUACAAUUGGAGGUGGGGGGAGUCUGAGGAGUCUCUAUCACGCCUAGGUGCGAGGAGAUUAUUCAAAUAGGGCCCAAAGGCGUAGAAGUAGCUGGAUUGGAGGCUUGCCUAGCGCACGGAGCUAUAUCACAGCGUUAACAGGCAGCACGGAGCGUCAUUUGAACUCCAGUCACUGACAGACAGACGCAUUUCACGGCUGGUCUCCGUUAAAGACACACACCAACGCCAGUUCCUCUCGACGAAAGGGGGGACACGCCGACGACCCACAAUACACCACAGUGGUCCCCAGUCACCUGCUAUUAGAGAGACUUUUUGGCUUUUCCCCUGCUGGGAGACGCUUUGUAAAAGUCCUCCAUGAUGCUUGGAGCAGUUAAAAUGGAAGGACACGAACACACCGACUGGAGCACCUACUACGGAGAGCCCGAGUGUUACACCUCGGUUGGCAACAUGAACACAGGCCUGGGAAUGAACUCUAUGAACACCUACAUGAGCAUGUCCGGCAUGGGCAGCGCGGCCAACAUGACGGCCAACUCCAUGAACAUGUCCUACGUCAACACCGGCAUGAGUCCCUCCAUGACCGGCAUGUCUCCCGCGGGCGCCGCCGGAGCCAUGAACGGAGGCAUGGGCGGCGUCGGAGCCAUGACUGCCAUGAGCGCGGCCCUGAGCCCCAGCAUGAGCCCCAUGAGCGGGCAGCCCGCCUCCAUGAACGCCCUGACCUCCUACACCAACAUGAACGCCAUGAGCCCAAUAUACGGACAGUCCAACAUCAACCGCUCCAGAGACCCCAAGACGUACCGCAGGAGCUACACGCACGCCAAACCGCCGUACUCCUACAUCUCCCUCAUCACCAUGGCCAUCCAGCAGUCUCCCAGCAAGAUGCUGACUCUAGCGGAGAUCUACCAGUGGAUAAUGGACCUCUUCCCUUUUUACCGGCAGAACCAGCAGCGCUGGCAGAACUCCAUCCGACACUCGUUGUCCUUCAAUGACUGUUUCCUCAAAGUGCCCAGGUCGCCGGAUAAACCGGGUAAAGGCUCCUUUUGGACGCUCCACCCGGACUCCGGGAACAUGUUUGAGAACGGCUGCUACCUGAGGAGGCAGAAGCGCUUCAAGUGCGACAAGAAGAGCGUGAAGGAAGGCGGCGGCGGCGGCGGGCGUAAAGGUGGAGGUGGAGGUGGAGACGGCUCCUCCAACAGCAGCUCCGAAAGCUGCAACGGAAACGAGUCCCCGCACUCCAACUCGUCCUCCGGAGAGCACAAAAGGUCCCUGUCGGACAUGAAGACGAGCCACCAGGCGCUGAGCCCGGAGCACGUCGCCGCCUCCGGAGCCUCUCCGGUGUCGCAGCAGCAGCAGCAGCAGCAGCAGCAGCAGCACCUCAUGGCGCAGCAGCAUCACUCGGUGCUCGCGGCGCACGAAGCGCACCUGAAGCCGGAGCACCACUACUCCUUCAACCACCCGUUCUCCAUCAAUAACCUCAUGUCCUCGGAGCAGCAGCAUCACAAAAUGGACCUAAAGACUUAUGAACAGGUGAUGCACUACUCCGGAUACGGCUCCCCCAUGGCCGGGGCUCUUUCCAUGGGCUCCAUGGCGGGAAAAGCUGGUCUAGUGGAUGCUUCAUCCAUACCUGACACGACUUAUUACCAAGGCGUCUAUUCCAGGCCGAUCAUGAACUCCUCAUAAACUCUUUUACCACCACACCACCUUCCAUCAUGCGAUGUUGGACUUUCUUUCUUUCCCCCCCCCCCCCCCCCACCCCCCUCCCCCCUCUUCUUCAAUUUGUACAUUUGUAAAAAAAAAAAAAUAUAGAGUUUGUGUACAAUAUGUAUUUCAGAUAUUUUUGACGUUUCCCACCGUUUUAGUUGUCGAAGUUUGUUAGUAGCCUAAUUAUUUUGAGAGAGGAUGUUGAUAAUAAUAUUAAUAAUAAUGAUAAUUAAAAAGUACUGAUAAUGUGACGAGAUCUGUUCAGAAGUCGGCUUCAGGAGUGGAACCCCAAAGACAAACAACAACAACAACAACAACAACAACAACUUGCUGUAAAAUAGCCUCCAUCUGCAGAACUGGAUUCCUUAAAUGAAUUUAAAUGCCUCGCAGGAUUUCUUCAAUCAUUUGUGUAAUUCCUAUUUAUGGCUUGUAUAUGUGUAUUCUUGUAGUGACAAGAACAGAAUCUAUAUUAAAGUGUUAUUGGUUUUGUUUUCUGAA